AUGAGCUAAUGAAAUGACAGCAAUACAGGAGAUUUAAUUCUCAGAAUAUGGAUUCUCACAAGACUUUAUUCCUACAGAUGGAGAAGAAAAAAACAACAACAAAAGAACAUUUAAAGUUUGUGUAAUCAUUUGAGUUUCGUCGCGGUAAACGAUGACGUAACAACGAAAAGGGGCUUCUAGGGAAUGUAUGAAGGGGUUUGUAGGUUUCCCAGUUCGUGAGUUGGUGCCCUGCUUUUGUGAGCGUCAGUAUGUCUCUGUAUCUGGUGGUGCAAUCGAAGGCAGCUAAUGCAACUUUAAGGAGCAGGAGGGGCUGGUCCAUUAAUUCCCACAAUUGAUUCUCGCUGUGAAAGUACCGGAGCUGCACAAAAUUUCUCAUACCUGUUAGACGAAGAUACGUGAAUUUAUUUGUGGAUUAUAAACUAUCUUUUAGUUUUCACUUCCUUUCAACUGACAAACAUUGGUAGUUAAAACUGAGAAGAAAAUACAUGUACAGCUGUAUCUUCUACCCCCUUCUUUUUAGAUUCAGCACAGCAUUUACUCUAACGAAUUCUUGGAAUCGUCUUCUCAUAAAUAUGCCCAAACUACUGGUUUAUUUCUUACUUCUGUCGGUCUUCCAUGCAUGUUCCCAGACCAUUGAAUAUGAGGAGGAAUAUGAGGAUGUAACUGUGAACCAGAUGCUGGCUCCGAAAACUCAAGAGACAGAUGCCACACAAAUAUUGAACAAUUUAUUAAAGGAAUAUGAUAAGAAACUUCGACCAGAUAUUGGAAUAAAGCCAACUGUCAUAGAUGUUGACAUAUAUGUUAACAGCAUUGGGCCUGUAUCCUCCAUAAACAUGGAAUACCAAAUUGACAUCUUUUUUGCUCAGACGUGGACCGAUAGCCGACUUAGAUUCAACAGUACAAUGAAAAUAUUGACUUUGAACAGCAAUAUGGUUGGCCUUAUCUGGAUACCAGACACCAUCUUCAGAAAUUCCAAAACUGCAGACGCCCAUUGGAUUACAACACCCAAUCAGCUCCUCAGAAUAUGGAAUGAUGGGAAAAUUUUGUACACGUUGAGGCUCACCAUAAAUGCAGAAUGUCAGCUUCAACUUCAUAACUUUCCAAUGGAUGAACAUUCUUGCCCACUUAUAUUCUCCAGCUAUGGAUACCCAAGCGAUGAAAUGGUUUACAAGUGGAGAAAAAACUCAGUGGAAGCUGCAGAUCAAAAAUCCUGGAGACUUUACCAGUUUGAUUUUAUGGGUUUACGAAACACUACAGACGUAAUAAAAACAUCAUCAGGCGAUUAUGUGGUAAUGACAGUGUACUUUGAUUUGAGCAGAAGAAUGGGAUACUUCACAAUUCAAACGUACAUCCCCUGCAUACUCACGGUUGUCUUGUCAUGGGUCUCAUUUUGGAUUAAGAAAGACGCCACCCCAGCCAGAACAGCACUCGGCAUAACAACAGUGCUGACUAUGACAACGUUGAGUACAAUUGCAAGAAAUUCCUUGCCUAGGGUUUCCUAUGUGACUGCAAUGGACCUCUUUGUGACAGUUUGCUUCUUGUUUGUGUUUGCUGCAUUGAUGGAAUACGCAACCCUCAAUUACUACUCCAGCGUGAGAAAGCCAAGCUGCACAAAGAAGAAAAAAUCGUCUCUACCUACAUUCUUUGCUCUGUCCAAGGAGGUGUUUUGGCAGCACACACCGCCCCCUAUGAAUUGCCUAAUCAUUCAUGCUAAGCUUCAAAGUAUUGCUUACAGGCAGAACUACUCUGUGCUCGACGUAGGACCCCCUCCGACAGUGAUCACAUUAAACAAUUCCAUGUACUGGCAGGAGUUUGAGGAGGCCUGCGUAUAUGAGUGCUUGGAUGGCAAAGACUGUCAGAGUUUUUUCUGCUGCUAUGAAGAAUGUAAGUCAGGGGCAUGGAGGAAAGGACGGGUUCACAUUGACAUCUUAGAAUUAGACGCCUAUUCUCGGGUCUUCUUUCCCACAUCCUUUUUGUUGUUCAACCUCGUCUACUGGGUCGGCUACCUCUACCUUUAACUCCAGAAACUCUCCUGAAACGAAGAGGACUGUCUUACGGCUGUUUUUUUUUUUCUCCUGAGGGAAGUGAUAUCAUGGAGAAGGGAAAAAAAAACGAAAAAAAAAACCUUUGUGGUAAUGCCAACAAUAGUUCAGUGGUUUUACAACAAAUAAUACUUUCCAAGAGUAUUGGAGAGAAAACCAUUGCCAUAGCUAAAUUAUUGCAAUUCCUUUUUCGAGCCUCUCCGUAAGGAAGACCUGGCUUCCCUUAUCAGGAAGCUGGCUGAACCUCGCAGUGAUUUAUACUGGCAGCCUUGUCAGGAAUUCUGCCUUGUACUUCAGGUACCAGAAAACAAAUACACAUAACUAGGUGGUCUUUAAAUACCCUUGGAGUUCCUGUUGCACAUGUUAUAUUGCCAAGGGGUUAGCCAUUAAGGCUAGGAAUAUGCCUAUCAUAGCAGUUUUUACUGAACUCUUAAACUCCUAUCAAGAAACAUUCACUAGGUUUAAGCUGAAAAAUAUAUCCUCGUUCAGCCAUCAGUCAAAAAAAGGAUGCAAGUUGUAUGAGUGACAUUAAGCAACAUUUAGUGCCUUCUUUGGGAGGAGUAACUGUCAUUUCAUACAGAGGUGGACAAAUCAUAUAGUGAAACCUGCAGCUUUUGACUGUUUGCUGAAAUACCUUCUUACAAGUCCCUAAAGAUUUUUAAAAUAGCUCAUGGCUAUGAUUUGUGUGCUCAUCACAUUGAAUUACAUCUCACUUUGACAUUGUGUGGUAAUAAGUUUAGUAAGACAUCCCUAAGGGUGCACAAAUGACGCAAAACAAAAAAAAUGACAUACUAAAAGCAUGUAAAUACAGUGCCCAUAUGCGGUUUAAAUUGAUUGGAAAUGAGCAAAACUGUUUUUCGAUACAAUUUUCCAAAGAAAUGAACAAUAACAGCAACAAAGGAAAAAAGAAAGACACUGUAUGUUAGCUGAAAUACAAUGAAUUGUAAUUAUUUUUAUAUUAGUAUGAUGUACAAAAAAACUAAGCUUCUCCUAUAUUUAUAAUUGAAUUUUCCAAGGAACUAAAAAGAUAUAUUAAAUAUUUUCACAUUAUAACUCUCAGCUGAAAAUGUUUCUGUUUUUAAUUUGGCUUAGACAAAAAGAACUGCAUGAGACAAUAAGAAAUAACUAUAGUGAAACACAAUAUUCUCAUUUCAAAGGCUGACGUAGGUUUUCAAUGGAAACAGUAUUAUUUCCCAUAGGUGUCUCUUGUUAUAUUUACAUCUAUAUCUUCAAGACCCAAAGAGAAAUUUCUAAUACUGUAUAUACAGUAUAAGACUGGACUGUAGUUCUGGCUACAUUCAGGUAGAUUGGAAGAGAUGGGAUGUCUUGACGGGUUCUGCUCUUAAUUAUCAUUACCAUAAUUCAUUAGUGGGGAAAGGAGGAUAUGGUAGCAAAGAAGCUGCAAUCAAGAUUCUAACUUUCAAUUACAGCUCAACAAUUAAUUGAAUGUGAUUUACAUGUAGUAGUAAACUAGUGUUUUAUAACCACUUAGUCUUAAGGAACUUAGUUAAGAGAUGGUAUGAACACUCCCAGCAAACUGGAUAGAGAGCUGCUGCCACUUAAGGUUGUUUUCAACAUCGAACUGAGAGGUUUCCUGGAUGCUGAACUCUACGAUCAAGUUUUGGAUUGCAUGCCACCUGUUAAUCCACGUCACCGUGGUCAAUGUAAUCCUACAGUUUAAAGGGUGCUAUAGUGCUGCUUCUGCCAUGUCUGUUCAAAAUAUCUAGUUUAGCAGCUAUCCCGGGCAGUCGCUGCAUGUGUAGACACACCGAGAAGGUAAAAUCAUCCCGUAUCAUCUGGAGCUGCUCCAGAACUCUAAGGCUUUCGUUAAAUAGCCUCUGUACUAGGAACCGAGUACCUCAGAAGGUUCAGUUUGGGUCUGAGGUAUACAUCACCAAAGGCUUAGCCCAAACUGACAAAACAAUUUGAUGUGCCGUUGUGGCAGUCGAUCCAAGUCUAGUUUCCUUUCGCAGAAGUGCCAACUUUUGUACGACUCGUUUUUACUGUUAGAAAUAGUUGAUCCUUCUCAUACUGUCCUGUGAGUUCUGCGUUUCAUUAUCAAGUUUGUCUCCCUGCUGCUCGUUUACUAGUCCCCGUUCUUGUUUUUUGUGCAACACUUUAUUACAACAACUUUAAAUGCACACUUUAUUACCACUGUGGUGAAAUGCGAUUUCUUUUUUGUAGGGAAAAACACAGUACAUGUACAACUUAGAUUUGUUCCUUAAUGUGUUUGCAAAACUGAAUACAAACUGCAGAGCAUUAAGCUGAAUAAGCAAUUCAUGUUUUGUUUUUCAUGUUCUUUUCUUUGUUCCUUAAGUCUCUUAUCAAUGUUGAUUUGAUGCCUUCUUAGUGACAAGUUUCAAUUGUUAUUUUUGAUGAGUUUAAAGGUAGUGUCGGGUGUUAUUCAUAGUGUCAUCAAUGGUUUUCUUCUAUUUCAUUGUAAUUGUAUUGAACUCAUACAGUAGCAUACCACUUGUAAACUUCAACAAGUUAAUUCUUCUUAUAGUAUAUUAAAAUAUUUUCUGGAGUGAUUGGCUUUGUGGCUUCUCGAAUUUCUACUGUAUUAUCCUUUUCUGCCUUUCUCUUGUAUGCAGUUUAAUCCUUCAUGAUGCUUUUUUAUACAACAUGUUCAAAUAUUUGUCUGGAAUGAAACAGCUGUAAAAGGUGCUUAGCCAAAGGCCAUGGCUUCAAUGUAUUCAUAGCGCAAGCUGGCACCCUUCUGUGUGGAGUACGGGAGUUCACAGUUGCCAACAACUAGAAAAUGAAAUCAUUGCAUUUACAGUAUAGCAGUGUUGCUGUAUCUCUUAAAUUCUACACAAUCAGUCACCUUGACCAAGUGUUUCCCAAAAUGUCAAUGAUAAGGACUAACCUGGAACAGAGAGAGGGACUCUUACUAUGCUCCUUCAUUUAAGAAAGUUUCCAAUUCAAAUAAUAUAUUAUUGCAACCAUUAAAAUAACUGCUGUUUAGCUCAAAGUAAAAGUUAAAGAAAAUAAACACAAUGUUUUAAUUUAGUUGAAAUAAUUCCUCAACUUCCCUGCCAGAACAGUCUUUCUCAUAGAAGAAACUAGUCCUUUUGACAAUUGUUGAAGUCAGUUGGAAGGCAGGAAGUUAGUAGUUUUGUUACUGUUUAGGCUACAG